AUGGAUGCUGAGAGUAGUAUUAAGAGGCGCCAUGACCCGGUAAGUAUGGAAACAAUGGGAGUUGAAGGUUCAAAAUCUACCAAACGAAAAGAUGUCAUUGAUUCAUCGAUAUCUGAAGCAUCCCUACCAAGUAUUGAAAAGCGGAGAAAAGUUAUCGAUGGUUCUUCAGUUAGUAAGGGAAAAAAUGUUGUUGAAGGUGUUCCUUCAAAAGCAGGGGAGAGUAAGUUUUUUCUGAAAGAUCCUCCUACUCAUUCGGUGCACAUGAGUUGUUACACAAAUGUUGAAGUAUUUAAAGAUCUCAAGGACAAACUAACUGAUAAGCAGUACAAAAUAUUUGGGGAAACUUGCUUUGGUGUAUUCACCCGAAUGCAACACUGUGAUGUUCAAGCACAAAUGUUGAGGUGUUGCAUGGUGAGAGAACCUAUUGGAAGUACUCCUGAUGCUUUUUUGAUUGAUAUAAAUGGUAAUGAAUUGCGGUUUUCUAUUAGGGAAUUUGCAAUAAUAACUGGUUUGAAGUGUGUUGGUGAUGAAGAUGCUUUUAAAAUUAACCGCAAGGAUAAAAAUUGGGGCCUCAAUGAUGCUGAUGCCGUUAAGAUUGCUGUCCUCUAUUUCAUUCAUACCUAUAUCUUAUCCAAUGAGAAGAAUGCAGUAAAAAUACCAAGGCUACACUUUGAUUUGGUAGAGUCUGGAAAAUACGUGGAUUACCCAUGGGGUAAGAAAACAUUCAAUGAGUUGAUUAAAAGUAUGACUCACAAGAUGACUUCUGAGAAAAAGUUUUAUAGGCUCCAUGGAAUGCCACUUGCUAUGCAAGUUUGGCUUUAUGAGUGUUGUUCAUUUGUUGACGCCACUCUUGCAGUCAACACGGGCAACAACAUUCCCAGAAUGUUGAAUUGGACGACCAUUGAAAGUCAACCAAGCUUUAUGGAACUGAUGGACGGCAUAUUUAAAGAAGAUAACACCCCGGAAAUGCGUAUUUUUGCCAACAUAGUCCCGACAGUCGAUGAGCUUGUUUGUCUUCAAUUGCCCCCACUUGUCAAUGGUGUACCAGAAAGUACCACUGCCCCCGUCCUUGAUGGUGAUGAUUUUGCUUCUACACCACCCCAUAACGACACACAUCAAAAGGGAGUUGUUCAAUCAGAAUCUCCACCGUCUAAGAAACGUAGGCAGAUGUCUGUGGGGACUUCGUCAUCAAAGAAAGCAGAUCUACAACCUGAAACAAUUCCAAUUUCCAACAUUGCUCCCCGUAGGAAGACACCUACUGUACAAACAGGAAAGUCGGCUUCUCCAAUUGGGACUGAACAAGUGCAUGUAAAUACCCCAUCUGUCCAGUUCCCGACAUCUACCAAACAAGGCGAGUUGUGUCUCAUGAGGCAAGAAAUUGAUGAAUUUAAAAAGUCGGUGAAAGAUGAGUUCAAUGAUUUGCACAAAUUGAUCAAUGACAACUUGACAACGAUUCUUCAAGCUAUUGAAGCAAUUAAAGGGAAUAAGGAUUCUGAAAAGGGUGCUGCCAGAGAAUCUACAUUUCAGCAACAUGAUAAUGGAAUACACAAUAAAUCACCGAUACAAAACGGGAGUUAUACGACUCAUUUUCCAACAGAGGUAUCUGAUGAGUUGCCUAUUGUAUUCAUAAAUAUAACACCUUAUAUUUUACUGAAACAGUUUAAACAACCGUAUUCAUAUCUCAGUCCAGGCCUAGUGGGAGAUGUUGGUGUAAACGAGGUUAAUUCUACUGGUGAUACAUUAAGGGAUUCAACACAGGAAAUUCAGGGACCAGGUGACAUUUUGGGAGAUUAUGUCGAACCAGAGCCGUUUGGAUCACAAAUCCCUAUCAAGACAGCUGAUGUUAUCAUUGUUACUUCUGCUGCCAUACCUAUCAACGAAGGAAGCAACAUGUUAGUUCAUGAUAAUAUUGUGCAAGGUGUAUCUUCUUCUUCAUUUUGUGCCGGUACAGAUCAUUCUAAUCAAGUGACGCCGCACAAUGUCGUUGUUGAGUUUGAGGGUAUUCAUGUUGGUAAGGAACAGGAACAUGUGUCUCAGUAUGAGCUGACGGAUGAAUUCCUUCCAACACAGAAUACUAUAACAAAAAUUGUCAUUACUUUGCGUAAAGAGAGGCGUCCUGGCCCUUUGCAAAUGUCUCCUUACAUGACAAAUUUUGGGUCAGCUUCACGUAGUUCAGUUAAGUUGACAGAGAUAUUUGACAAAAAACACCCAUUUGAUAAUAAUUGCAUCACGGGGCGACAUGAUGCCAAGCUGUUCGGUGAAUUCUCAAAAUGGGUAAAAGAGGGGAUGCUUGUUAGGCAUGAUAGCAGCGACAAAAAUUGGUUCUAUCUUUUAUCAAUGGAGGGUCAGAUGUGGAAUGAUGAGCAUCUUGAUGUCAUGUUUUACUACUUCCGGAAAAAAACCAAAUAUGAUACAAAUAGCACAUACAAGUUUACCACUGUAGACUGUGUUUUCAAUACCAAAUUUGAUGCUAUUCACAAAGGCUAUCUUGACCCGGAUUGUGCCAUAAGUGUUGGGAAACAAGAAGAUGUUUUAUGUGAAUACGUUAAGGGCCACCGGUUGCAUUGCACUGUCCCGUGGCAUUUGGUUGACUAUGUAUUCAUCCCAGUCAACAUUAAAGAAAAAAAUCAUUGGCUGUUGGCAGUCCUUUCAUUCCUUGACAGACACUUCUACCAGUCCAAGCAGGGAGUUGAUUGGAAUUAUCACCCUGCGUACAAAGACAAAGCACCGGCUGACAAAUUUGACGUCAUGUUUGUUGAAAAUUUGCCACAACAGAGGCCUGGAAGCAUGGAUUGUGGAAUGUAUGUUGCUGCAUAUGCGGAGUAUUUGAGUCAGGGAGAAGGUAUUCCACAUGGAGAUACAGAAUUACUUCAUACGAGAUAUGGUGCUCUUUUAUGGGAUUACGCUAAAAGGAAGAUGGAAGCAAAUGCCGAAAGCGAUAAUGAGGCACCUCCGAAGCCAGUUAGACCAAAGAUAGAUUUUGAUCAAGUUGAAAAAAUCAUAGUUAAUUAG